UUUUGUUUGUUAAAUUGCAUUGGAGUUUAUUUUUCGCAUGAAAAUAAAUAGUAGAAAUGAGAAGAGUACGACAAACUGUGAGUAUUGGAAAUUUGUGUUAAUAAGGGAUAAAUACAUCGAAAAUUAUCUUGGUAGUGUUUGUGCUUAUGUUUGUGCUUGUGUUUGUGAUGUCUAUGGUUGAGAUGCGUCCUCCUCGUCAGCUGCGAAGCACGUGACGACGAGGAGUGAAUUCUAUCUCAUAAAGCGUGGGUGGGCAUCGAGAAUAUAUAGGAUUAAUGAGAAAAGGAAGGAGAACGAUUAGAAUUGAGAAAAUCUGUGAUCCAUCUAGACAACUGUUUAAAUCGUUCUCUAUUUGUGAAUGAUGCCACGAAUAUUCGGUUACGAUAAAGGGGAGAAGGGAAAAAGAAGAAAGUGGGAUUGUUCGACGGGAGUAGAAUACACGCGAUCGCUCGAUCAAACUCGGUGGGGUUAUUGUAAGAAAAUAAGAUAAAUAUAUCUACAAGAAAAAAGAAAAUAAAUCGAUCAAUCAAAGAGAGAAAUCUUUGUUGAUACAGCAGAUAUGGCAGUGAAUUCGUUUACACGAAAAUUCAUUGGCAGUCUUGAUUCUUUUCUUUUUAUAAUACUUUACACAACAUUGAUUUUAACUGCCCUUGACACGUUUGGUGAUGCUUCUUCUUCUACUACUGUUGCUGUAAAUGAAAGAACAAUAAUACAAAACUCGAAGGAGUGUUUUGGUGUUCGAAAACAAUCGAAGGGUGAAGUGAAACUCGCCGUGAUAGCUCCUGGUGAUCCGCAUCACGAACAAAGUUUGCCUCGGGUAUUACCCGCUGUACUUUUGGCUGUGAAAGCUGUUAGCUCGGCAAAAGGGCCCCUACCAGGAUGGAACAUAAAGGUCGAUCAUCGAGAUUCGCGUUGUUCCAGCACUUACGGACCAUUGGCUGCCUUCGAGUUUUACAUCAAUCAGACAGCAGAUGCCUUUUUGGGUCCUGUUUGCGAUUAUGUAAUCGCACCGGUUGCAAGAUACGCUGGCGUAUGGGGGAUUCCCGUGCUAACGGCAGGUGCUCAGGCCGAGGCCUUUCGUCACAAGGACGAACAUUAUCCGACCUUGACCAGAAUGAUGGGCAGCCAUCGUUUGGUCGGUGAAGCACUAAGACACAUUCUUCAACGAUUUGGUUGGAAAAUUGCUGGAUUGUUAUAUCAUAAUCAUGCAAUGGCAAGCAGUCGUGGUAACUCCGAGUGCCAUUUCACAUUGGGUGCUGUCUUUACUGCUUUAAAUCAAACACCAGCUCACAGAAGUUUCAAUCAGGAAAAAACUAAUGCUGAGGACUACAGGAAUCUUCUUCUUUUCGUGUCCAAAUCUGCCAGGAUUGUAGUCAUGUGCGCAAACUCAACCACCAUCCGAGAAAUCCUACUAGCUGCCGAGGAACUAGGAAUGGUUGAUUCAGGAGAAUACGUAUUUUUCUCUAUAGAACUUUCAUCUAGCGACAACAAUUCAAUAGAACCAUGGAGAUUGGAAGGUGACACGGAUGAGAGGAAUGAAAAAGCCAGGAAAGCAUAUCAAGCACUCUUGACAGUAACAGCACGUACUCCCGAUAAUCUAGAAUAUUUAAAUUUCUCGCGAGAAGUUAAAUCCUUGGCACAAAGCAAAUACAACUUUACAUUUGGUAAUAGUUCUGUUUCCACGUUUGUCACAGCAUUUUACGAUGCUGUUCUUCUUUACGCUCUUGCACUUAAAGAAAGUCUACCGGAAAAGCCGGGUGAGGUUGAUCUUGAUGGUGGUAAUUUAACAAGAAGAAUGUGGGGAAAAAGUUUUAAAGGAAUUACCGGAGAUGUGAAUAUCGAUGAUAACGGCGAUAGAAUUGCGGAUUAUUCUCUUUUAGAUAUGAAUCCGGAAACGUCAAAAUUCGAGAUCGUUGCAAAUUACUACGGUGCGAACAAAACAUUGGAGUAUAUAACAGGAAAACGGAUUCAUUGGUCCGGUGGAAGACCAGAACCACCCCCGGAUACACCAACUUGUGGAUUUGAUGGAUCACUCUGUCCAGACAAUUCUCUACCAGGAUACGCAAUUCUCUCGAUGGUUCUCAGUUCGAUCGUAGUGGUUCUCGUUGUGGCUUCGGUUUUUAUUUAUCGGCACUUCAAACUAGAAGCAGAAAUCGCUUCCAUGACGUGGAAGGUACAUUGGGAUGACAUCAUUUGGGUACAUCAUGCGAAAACUAGAGGAUCUAUGUACUCCUUAGUUGCAAACAAAUUUCGCAGUAGUCAACUGACUGUAUACUCGGACGAUAAUGUUAGUCUACCAGAGGGUGUGGACAAACACGUUUAUAUUCAGACAGGAUUUUAUAAAAACUCAAAGGUUGCCAUAAAAUUAAUACCUAGGAACAAAGUGGAACCAUCGAGGCCUUUAUUGCUGGAGUUAAAACGGAUGAAAGAUCUUCAACAUGAUCAUUUGGUACGUUUUUAUGGUGCCUGUGUCGAACCACCACAAUGUUGUUUAUUGACGGAAUAUUGCCCUAAAGGAUCUCUUCAGGACAUACUGGAAAACGAACAGAUUAAACUCGAUCGUGUGUUUUGGGGCUCCCUUAUCCACGAUAUAGUACGCGGUAUGGCUUAUUUACACGCUUCCGAAGUGAAAAGUCACGGAAAUUUAAAGUCGAGCAAUUGCGUAGUAGAUUCUCGAUUUGUAUUAAAAAUCGCUGAUUUUGGAUUACACGAAUUGAGAAGGUCCAGUUUGAUGGAAGAGGAAGAAUUUGAUAAAAGUAGCUACGCAUAUUGGAGACGACAACUGUGGACAGCACCAGAAUUAUUAAGAAUGGAAAGGCGACCACCCGAAGGUACUCAAAAAGGUGACGUUUACAGUUUCGGAAUAAUCGUACACGAGAUUGUCAUACGGAAAGGUCCUUUCUAUUUGGGGGAUAAUUGCAAUCCAACGCCUAAGGAAAUCGUAGAAGGUGUCAGGAAAGGAGGUAGUUCACCUUUAAGACCAGUAAUCGACGAAAGUGCUGUUGAAGAAGAAGUAGCUACACUAAUGAGACGAUGUUGGGCGCAGGAUUCAGCCGAUCGACCUGAUUUUCCCGCGCUAAAGCAGACUAUUCGCAAGAUCAACAAAGAUUACGAGAGUAGCAAUAUCCUGGACAAUUUGUUGUCUCGAAUGGAACAAUACGCAACGAAUUUAGAAGCCUUGGUUGAGGAACGUACUGCAGAUUACUUUGAAGAAAAACGUAAAUGCGAGGAGCUUCUAUAUCAAUUACUGCCAAAAUCUGUUGCAUCUCAGCUAAUACUUGGACAAAGUGUAAUAGCUGAAACGUACGACCAAGUAACCAUUUACUUUAGUGAUAUCGUUGGUUUCACCAGUCUAUCGGCUGAGAGUACGCCACUUCAAGUAGUCGACUUGUUGAACGAUCUCUACACCUGUUUCGACUCCAUUAUCGAAAAUUUCGACGUUUAUAAGGUUGAGACAAUUGGAGACGCUUACAUGGUCGUUUCCGGAUUGCCGGUGAGAAAUGGCACGAAUCAUGCAAAGGAAAUAGCUAGGAUGAGUUUGGCAUUGAGGGACACCGUUAUGACAUUUCGAAUCCGUCAUAGACCAGAAGAGAAGUUGAAACUUCGUAUAGGAAUGCAUUCUGGACCUUGCGUAGCGGGUGUGGUUGGUUUGAAAAUGCCGAGGUAUUGUUUGUUCGGUGAUACUGUCAACACUGCAUCCAGAAUGGAAAGUAACGGAGAAGCAUGGAUGAUACACGUGAGUCCAAAGACAAAAGAAAUUCUGGAUACUUUCGGGACAUUCGAUCUUGUUUGCAGAGGAGAGGUUACGUUAAAGGGUAAAGGUACAAUGACGACGUAUUGGUUGAUGGGUGAAAAACCGAUAAACAAUAACGUUAAGCAAAUUUGCACAACCAAAUCUACCAGUCAACUUCCACCAAUUUCCAACGAACCAGUGACGCAGCAGUUACAGCAACAGCAAAUACAACCAAUGCAAAAUAAGUCAAAUCAAACGGAAACGGAAACAAAGAAUCAAACUCAUUCAGUUCAAUCCAAAAAUCAGCCUCAGGUGGAAUCAUCUCAAACACGUCAUAUUCCAGUUCAAGAUAUUUCAAUCAAAAAUCAGUCUCAAAAUAAACAACAACAAAACCCACCAGCAUCACAACAACAACCGCAACAGCAACAGCAACAACAGAAACCACAACAACAGAAAUCACCGCAACAAAAACCACCGCCACCACAGCAGAAACUCUCACAACAACAACAACAACAACAACAGCAGCAACAACAACAACAGCAACAACAACAACAACAACAACAACAACAACAACAAUUGCAAGCAUCGUUUCAAACUAAUCAAAAUCGAAUACAUUUUGGUAGCAGUACAUGUAACAUCACGGUAACAGGAAAUGGUGCACCAGCCAGUCGUAUGCCAUCAAGCAAUGUUGUCUCUCCAACUCACGUACGUGCAGUCCCAGUUCAACAAAAUCGACAAGCGUAUACUUACUCGGCGGAAAGUAUGCCGAAUCAUACCGAGAGUGGUCCAAAUACGCCCCUUCUUUUACCCGCAGAUUCGAUGCCUCGGAUUUAGCUCUCUUCAUGUGUCUCUUAUCCUGAGUUUGAUAAUUCGGAUAGGAACAUCGAGUAUGAUGAUAUUUCUACCCAACCAAAUAUCCUGCCAUCUGUACAUGCUACUCGAAAAGACUAAUUAUUCAACAACAACAACAACAUGAACAAAUGGAAAAAAAAGAAAUUCCUAAAAUUGGAAUGAUUUUUCUGCAUUUUCUUGCUUUUCUAUAAAUGUACACACACACAGAUGGUGUGAUAUUUUUAGCAAAGUAGUUGGGUACCAGCGAACAUUUAAAUCGAUGGUAAGUCGUUUAUAAUACAAUGUAUACAUAUGUAAUAAGACAAAGUGAUCUCUUUCUAGAUGUUAUUACAGAACCAAUAAUAGUCAGUGUUGAUUUUAUGCAUCUGACGAUAUUUAAAUUAAAUAGCUACUUUUUUCCAAAGCUGUAUGCUACGUACUUCUUUGACGGAUUCCCAAGAUUACAUGUUUAAUGGGUCUGUAUUAAAAAAAAAAUUUAAAAAAAAAUAAAAAUAAAUAUUAAGUACGGAAUGAACACAUAAUAUAAUAUAUUAUAUAUAUAUUUACAUCGGGUAAAUGAUUCAGUAUUUAAUGCCGACUUGCCCGAAUCGACCAGUAUUAGACAAGGUGCUGUUAACGAGAAAGUCUACGAUGAAAUGGGCAAUCGUUUGCUCGUAAUUUUCUAAGCAGCUAAUUGCUCAUCUUUCUUUUAACGACGAAACCAAGCAUUCGUUAGUUUCAUUUUCUUUUUUCAUCAAAAUAUUCUUACAUUAUAAAAUUACUUUCUCGUCUUUCUAAACUAUAUAUUUUAAACUUGCAAAUACAAGAUUUAACGACUAUACUCACAAGUCGUAUUAUUAUCGUAAAUAAUUCUUCUUCUUUCUUUUGUAUUUAGUUUCAUGCCAAAUAAUAGUAUAUCAUUGCGAGUGUGUGUAUGUGCGUGCAUAUGUGAGAGAGAAAUAGGACCAAAUUAUAACUUCGAUCUGUUUUCCUCAAAGUUUUCAUGGAGAUAUCAUUUUUCCAUUAAAAUAAAGUAACGAGGUUUAAGUGAGUAACUUUAAUGGAAGGGUGAACUUUGUCGUUAACGAUGUACAAGAUGAAAAUACCUGUUCAAUGACUCUAAUGAAUUUAUUUGAAAAAAAAAAAAUAUAUCAAAUAUGUAAUAUUAAUGAAAAAGUAAAAAAUACAGGGUUAUUCAAAACUGAUAAUACCAAAUUAAAGCUGAAUUAUUAUUUAUUCAAUUGAUAUACCCAAACUACAAUGAUUUGAUAAAUGCAUGCAUAAGUUUUAUGUCCAUAAUUUAUACUUCUGCCUGUGUAGAUGAGUAGAAAUAGAUCCAUUUCUUCCUAAACACGUUCUUGAUGAAACCCUUAUACAAGUCAGACACGUUUCAACAUAUCCUUAGUUAUUUGCUCCAUAGCAUUAAAGAUACGGUUUUUCAAAUCUUCCCUUAUAUGACUGAUCUAGCACACUGUGUGGUUAGUACACAAAUGUUUACGAACGGUACUUUGGAAAUGUGAAGGAGCACCGUACUGUUGAAGGAUAAGAUUAGAAUAAUCUUUCUCUAGUUUAGGCAUAAGCCACUGUGUUAACAUGUCCAGGUAGGUGAAGCCAAUAAUCGUUGAUUUGACAAACAAGAAAGAUCCAUACACUUUGCGUUUGUUCUUUGCAUAAAAUACUCAAGUACGUGAAUACAGACACACACAUACACACACACAAUUUAGGAACACAAGUUUACGAUGUUCGUCAGUCACUGUAUACCAUUAUGCAUCGUAUAUGUCACUUUACAAACAAAUAAUUCAGCUUUAUUUUUCUACUAUUCUUUUUGAAUAAUCCUAUAUUACCUACUUGCCAGAUAUGCUCAACAAAAUAGAGAAAGAUGAAUAAAUAAGUACAUAAAUAAAUAUCUAUAUAUGUAUACACGGGCUAAAGCACAAACAAAUAAAAACAUAUAUAUUAUAUGUGUGUGUAUGUAUGUAUUUACGAAAUAAAUAGAUUAUACGUGUCUGUCUCUGAAGAAAAUUAGACGGCAUUAGGAGAAUUGAUGUUCAGCAAGCAAUUUCUAGUAAGGAGAGGCUGGGCCUUUCACAAUUAUGUUAGAACAAAAAUAACACUCAAGAGAGAGAGAGAGAGAGAGAGAAAGAUUGUGUGUGUGUGUGUGUGUGUGUGUGCUUGUGGUAUGUAGAAGUAUACAUAUGAAAGAAAGGAAGUAAAUAAGACAUAUAUAUGUAUAAGAUGUGUACGAGAAUUAGUAUAUAUGUAAGUAAGUAAUAUUUUAUGUGAUGGAAGAGCGUGUUGUCUGUCAGUAAAUGACGCGCGUUUGAGAAGUCAAUCGUUUCCUGGCUUAAUGAGAAACUUGACAAGAGGAAGUGAGAAAGCGUGCUUAUUGUGUAUAUUGGGUAUAUAUUGGUCGUAAGAAAUAAAAAUUAUAUUUAUGUUCAAUUUA